ACGUACGGGAUCUGCUAGCGAAUGCGUCACUCUAUAAAGCUUUUCUGAGGGGAGGACGUUCUUUCUGGGGUUGCACAGAAGGGUGAAAAGCUUUUCUGAGGAGAGGUUUUCCAGGAAAAGUUUUCUCAGCAUGGCUGCUCAGGAUGAUGUAUUCGCACAAGGGAAGUACAAGGCGGUCGUCGCGGAAGUCAUGGCGGAUACUCAUCGCCCCUCGCAUCUACCCGAACUGCUUCUGGUUGCUCAUCCCUCCGAAGAAGGCCAGUACCCAGCUAUGGUCUUCCUCCAUGGCUUUUCUCUUGUAAAUUGCAUGUAUAGAGAAUUACUGCUCCAUGUUGCUUCUCAUGGCUUCAUCGUGGUGGCUCCUCAGCUUUACAUAAUUGCAGGAUUUGAUGCCACUGAAGAGAUCAAGGCAGCUGCAGCUACAGUGAAUUGGUUACUAACUGGGCUAGAGGCCAAACUACAAAAGGGAGUGCAGCCAGACCUCACAAGGCUUGCACUAGCCGGUCACAGCCGGGGAGGGAAAGUAGCCUUUGCCCUUUCGCUGGGCCUGGUCCCCGAAGCCAAGGCCGCACUGCCCUUCUCUGCGCUACUGGGCAUAGACCCCGUGGACGGAACUAGCCCGCCUGUCCUGACCAAAGUCACGGACUCCCUAGACCCCAAGGCGCCGGGCCUGGUGGUGGGCACGGGCCUCGGCAGUGUGAAGAAGGACCCUUUGCUGCCUCCUUGUGCUCCGGAGGGCGUCAACCAUGAAGAGUUCUACAAAGAGCUCGUGGCUCCAGCUUUCCACGCCGUGGCUAGGGACUACGGCCAUAUGGACAUGUUGGAUGAUAAGGUCAUUGAUGUCCUCUGUGUGAGUGGGAACAGCAGGGAACCCAUGAGGAGGUUCGUCGGUGGCAUCAUGGUCGCCUUCUUGAAGGCCUAUUUGAUGCUUGAUAGUGACGAUCUGAACAAGAUUUUUGAGAUGCAUAAUCAAGUUUCUCCUGUGGUACUCUCAACAGUUGAAUCUAAGAAGAAUUAAUCCGUUGCAGUCUCCAUAUUAUGCAUUAAAUAAGCUGGCUUAGACUUUUGAGUUGUUUGCCGGCAGCAAUAUAUGUAUCGAGGACAUGUUCUUAACUAUUAUAUCUUCUUUCUAAUGCU